AUGACGCAGCCAUCUACAAUCGACUCCCGCUUCCUCUCCCACCCCAAUCAACUGGGCGUGGUUGCUGUCGGCUUCAAUGGCGGACAGAUGAAGAAGGGUGUCGAGGCGGCUCCCAUGGCCCUCAUCGAGUCUGGUCUGCUGACCCAGCUCCGCGAAGAUCUCGACUAUGACGUCCAACACGACGACACCGUCCACUAUUAUGAGAAAGACAUCCCCUCCGAAGAACAAGACCCCGAUUUCCGUGGCAUGAAGAAGCCCCGUGCCGUCAGCGCCGUGACUGAACGCCUGAGUGACCAGGUCUACAACUAUGCCAAGGACGGCAAGUUCGUCCUCACUCUGGGUGGUGACCACUCCAUUGCCAUCGGAACGGUGUCUGGAACAGCCAAGGCUAUCCGUGAGCGAUUGGGUCGUGAAAUGGCUGUCAUCUGGGUGGAUGCGCACGCCGAUAUCAACACUCCCGAGUUCAGCAAUAGCGGUAACAUCCACGGUAUGCCCAUGGCAUUCCUGACCCGCUUGGCCCGGGAGGAGCGCCGUGACAUCUUCGGCUGGCUCCAGGAUGAGCACAUUGUUAGCACUCGCAAGUUGGUUUACAUUGGUCUGCGGGAUGUCGACCGUGGGGAGAAGAAGCUUCUGCGUGACAACGGCAUCAAGGCUUUCAGCAUGCACGACAUUGACCGUCACGGCAUUGGUCGUGUUGUCGAGAUGGCUCUUGCUCACAUUGGCAACGACACCCCCAUCCACCUGUCAUUCGACGUUGACGCCCUGGACCCCCAGUGGGCUCCUAGCACUGGCACCCCCGUUCGCGGUGGUCUGACCCUACGUGAGGGUGAUUUUAUCUGUGAAUGUGUUCACGAGACCGGUAACUUGGUCGCCAUGGACCUGGUUGAGGUUAACCCCAGCCUUGAGUCUGUGGGAGCGGCCGAGACCAUCCGUGCCGGUUGCUCGUUGGUUCGCAGUGCGCUUGGAGAUACCCUUUUGUAA